AUUGACCAAAAAAUGUUCAAGUUUGUGGGCUUUCUGCUGCUGAUGAUCUGGAGUCAGGCCGUCUGUGGUGAUGACGUCACGGACGGAACUGAACUGGUGUUGAGCUUUCUGAUUAACAGGCAUGGUGACAGGACACCAAUGCAAUCUUCCGUGAUAAUGUCAACCGACCCUGAAGCUUUGGCAGAGCUUACACUUCAAUAUGGAUAUGGUCAACUAACCCCGAACGGUAUCAGGAGAGCUUACCAGCUUGGCAAGCACAUCAGAAACCGCUACAAUGAGCUCCUGUCUGCUAACUACAACAGAUCAGAAGUCUACAUCAGGUCUACAGAUGUCACCAGGGCCAAGAAGACCAUUCUAUCAGCCCUAGCAGCAAUCUACCCUCCCGCUGGAGAGAGGUGGAACCCAAACUUGGACUGGGAACCCGUGCCUUAUACCACGCUCCCUUUGAAGUAUGAUUUUAAUACUCCAAACGUCAACUGCCCCAAAUUCACGGACGCAUAUGGCUCGUUGUAUCUGUUACCAAACGCUGAAUUCUCCGCAAAAUACAGUGAUAUCUUGAAUGUGCUGUCUAAACAGUUAGGUUUUAAUAUCACUGAAUAUCCAGCUCUGGUGUCCGGAGUUUAUGAUGUCUAUGCCAGUCAGAAGAGUCUUGGGCUAGAUCUCCCAGAAGAACUAGAAGCCGUCUAUGAUGAAAUCGAAAAAGCAGCCAAUGAAGCUUACGGCCUUAUCAACGGAGUUGAAGAGUUCAUUCCUUUACAAGCAGGUGCCCUUCUCAAUGAGUUCUACACAUACGCCGAUGUGGCUAUAUCUGGUGCUGACACCCCCAGGUUGAGGUUGUAUUCUGCCCACGAUUUGAACGUGUAUUCCUUCCAAGCAGUCACUAAGGUGGAGAAGCAGGGUGCGCCGAAGUAUGCAUCAGCAUACACCUUGGAACUCAGGAGAAUCACUGCUACUGGACAAUAUGUUGUUCUGCCUGUGUACCUACCGUCGCCCGGCUCUGACGUGGUCUACCUUCAAGUGGAAGGCUGCGAUGUCCUCUGCGACUAUAAUCAGUUCGUGGAGAUCACCAAGGUCAAUGCCCGGGACAUUGACACUUGGAGAACGGAAUGUGGUUUCACAGAAGAUUUGGUGGUCGACGAGUCUUCUUUUGACUAGUUUUUCCGCUAUGACUUCUGUUAUUUUCGAUUUAUCAUCAAAAAUGUGACAUUUAACUGCUGAAUUGUCAAAAUUUCCCGAUCGUGCUAAGUUCAUUUGAAGAUUUUUAUAAUUUAUUUACACAUUCUUUAAAUCAUCUUUAGACUCAUUCAUUUGUCUACAGAUAUGUAUAUUUAUGUACAGAACUUGACCUCAUUGAAAUAAAACUGUUUCAUUAUUCA